AUGGCAAAAAACGAUGCAGCAACCCUCGAAAGGAUGAAACAACUAGAAGAGAGGAUUAAAGCUCCUUCAAUAUGGGGUCGAGUGGCCUGCGGAGUCAGGUUUGAGGACCUGCAGGAUCGAAGGUACGAUGAGGCCAUACGGUUGUUGAAGAAACAUUAUUUGCCUGAAGAGAUAACUUAUAGAUCAGUGAAGAUAGCAGAUGAUAAGGAAGGCACAGAUGAGUUCGUCCACAAUGUUCGGAUAUGGAUGAAAGACAAGAUGUCUAUAGCGGCGGUUAAAGAAGGCACGGAUCAGCUCGUCGGAGUUCUUAUUAUGAGGAUACAGGAAAAAAGUGCAUUUUCCCGAACAUUCAGCCGCGUGAAAAUAACCCACAAUCCGCUGUACACCACUGUGAUGGGUUUCUACAACGACAUCGAGAGACCUGUGAACAUAUACGAUGCGCUGAACAUCAAACGAUACUUCAAAAUCUAUGUCAUUGCUCUCAAGAACAGGUAUAGGCAUCGAGGUAUAGCAAAAGAGAUGUUGAAAGCAGCCAUGUCACUUAGUUCAAGUGCCAGCGUGGCAGCCAUAGCUGGUAUCUUCACUACGGCAAGAUCUCAGACCAUUGCGCAAGAGUUGGGCUUCACCAAGCUCAAUGAGAUUUACUAUGUGAGGUACCUGCUUGAUGGAGAGAUAGUAUUCUACGACACUGGUCUGGGCAACUACGGGGCAGCCAUCAUGGCGUACCGCAUACCCAACGUGGACGAACCGAAUGACCUCACCACACAACAGUCAUCCAGGUUCAACCUGCAAGUACAACUGGAUGAUGAGACAGACGCUACGGAAGACGGUGGCCAGACAGUUAUGUCACCCGAAAGUUCUAAAUCUGAACCGAAUAAAGAUUAACAGUUUAUAUG